GUAAGCGAAUUCAAUAAGAACCUGAAUACACAAUUCUCUCUAUCAUGACGAUCUUCAAAUCCUCAUACUACGAUAAAGACUACAGAGCGGGCGCUGCCCUAAUUCGUGCCCGUCGACCGUAUCUGAUCAAAAAUGCUGCUACUGGGCUCGCAUUGUUCGGCUUCUGUAUAGGCGUUUACGCUUUCACUAUAAAUGCUGUUGGGCAAGAUGAUUUCUCGGACGUGAAGCUUCCUGAUAAAAAACCGGGCGACACAGGCCCGUCACAGGCUACGAAAGAACUCUAAAAAACACCUGCGAAUAAUACUAUAAUGGCCAUCCCGUCGUCGAGCUAUGCCACAGUGGAGCCACUUAUCGCACCUACCGAGAGUUUACGAUGUUCCUACUCACCAUGAUAUUCAUUUUCAAUCGCCUGGCGUUAAGUAGGUUCUCUGAUUGGUUGGGAAAUAUUAAAUAUGGAGUUUAAUGAAGUUCUCACUCUUGGGUCAAUGGACAGAGAAGGGGUCAGAGUGCAGAAUGAAAGUGGGAAUGGAUACUAUGGGCGCUCGUUUGGACAAAUAUGGGAGAUAAUCUUCUUCCACAGCUCCACCGAAACCGGGUUAUUUUAUCACGGUCCGCUAAUUACCUUUUCAAUCGAAGUUUUGCAGGCAUCUACGUACAGUCUCCGCUCGAAUCUCCUCUUCCUAAGUUCCGCAACCAUGUUCUACCAUUUAUGUA